UGCCGUGGCGCGGAGAACUCUGCAAAACAAGAGGCUGAGGAUUGCGUUAGCGAUAAACCAGUUCACGCCGGAGCCGAGCGAAGGCAGCGCCUGUGGAGUCCUGCUGUUCUGCGGAACACUGAGGAAAAGCUACCCCCAGGUAGACGCUGUCUGUCACCAUGGGUAAAGGAGACCCCAACAAGCCGAGGGGCAAGAUGUCCUCGUAUGCCUUCUUCGUGCAAACCUGCCGGGAAGAGCACAAGAAGAAACACCCAGACUCUUCCGUCAAUUUUGCCGAAUUCUCCAAGAAAUGUUCGGAGAGAUGGAAGACUAUGUCUGCAAAGGAAAAGUCAAAGUUCGAAGAUUUGGCAAAAAGUGAUAAAGCUCGCUAUGACAGGGAGAUGAAAAAUUACGUUCCUCCCAAAGGUGAUAAGAAAGGAAAGAAGAAAGAUCCCAAUGCUCCUAAAAGGCCUCCAUCUGCCUUCUUCCUGUUUUGCUCUGAACAUCGCCCAAAGAUCAAAAGUGAACACCCUGGCUUAUCCAUUGGGGAUACUGCAAAAAAAUUGGGUGAAAUGUGGUCUGAACAGUCAGCCAAAGAUAAGCAACCAUAUGAACAGAAAGCAGCCAAGCUAAAGGAGAAAUAUGAAAAGGAUAUUGCCGCAUACCGCGCCAAGGGCAAAAGUGAAGCAGGAAAGAAGGGCCCUGGCAGGCCAACAGGCUCAAAGAAGAAGAAUGAACCAGAUGAGGAGGAGGAGGAAGACGAGGAAGAUGAUGACGACGAGGAAGACGAGGAAGAUGAAGAAUAAAUGGCUGUUCUGUUAAUGAUGUGUGUGGAGUGUGUGUGUAUGCUCAGGCAAUUGUUUUGCUAAGAAUGUGAAUUCAAGUGCAGCUCAAUAUUAGCUUCAGUGUAAAAACUGUACAGAUUUUUGUAUAGCUGAUAAGAUUGUAGAGAAAAUACUUUUUCAAAAAAAUGCAGGUUGGUUGUAGCUUGUUGAGGGGCUACUACAUAGUUAGAUUUUAAGGCUUCUGAUGUUAAAUGUUUCUAAAUAUUUAAUGGUUUCUUGAAUUUCUUGUGUAUGGUAGUACAGCAAACAGGAAUUAGUAUCAAUAGUAAAUUUUGGGUUUUCUAGAAUGUUGCAUUUUGUUUUUUAAAAAGAUUUUGUAAUAAAAUUAUGUAUAUUAUG